AGCUGAAAGAACACCUCUGCCGCGCCGUCUGCCAAUCAGCGGCAGCUAAACUGUACUGCGCCCCGCCUACCAGUGUAUAUUAAAGACCGGCGGUAGGCAACGUCGGCCAUUGGCACAAUAACACAGUGAUCGCCAUUAAAGGAGGGAAUUACUUUAUUCCACCUUUCUUUUCUACCGUCCUUUAUUUUAUUCACCUGAAACAAUGGCAGACACGAAAGUUGAGUCUGGCUCCGAAAUCUCGGCCAAGGACUUGAAGGAGAAGAAGCUGGUGGAGGAGAAGGAGAAUGGCAAAGAUGCUGCCACCAAUGGAAAGGAGAACGAGGAGAAUGGUGAACCAGACAUAGAUGAUGAGGAAGAUGAGGAGGUGGACGAAGAGGACGAGGAAGAUGAUGGAGAAGGCGACGAGGAAGACGAGGAGGAGGAUGACGAUGAGCUGGAGGGUGGCACAAAACGGGCGGCCGAAGACGACGAAGAUGACGACGAGGAUGACGUCGAGACCAAGAAGCAGAAAACCGAUGACGACGAUUGAUAGGUUUUUCUCCUGCCGUGUCCUGCUGGACCACUUCCUGGUUCUUCACCUCAGGGGGAGGGGCUGGAGGACAAAGAAUAAAAUAAGCAACAUGGUCAUUUAGCAAGUAGAGUUCAACAGCAUCCACAAACAACCCCAAACUUAAAUUCUCUCGAGGAACCUGACACCACGCAGAAUUCUGACUUCAACAAUCGCAACUCCAGAGGAGAAUUAGUUUGUAUUUUUAUUUACAUUUUAUAUUUUUGUACAUAUUGUUCAGAGGAGGGUUUCUCUCUCAGACCAAAUCGGUGCUUCUUUAACAGAAUCUUGACCAUGUUACACCCCCAAACAACAAAAAAAACAUACAAAAUCUCUUCAGCCGUUGAACUCUUGACAUUCCAGUAAAUUUAAUGUAUGUACUUUAGCUGUACCAUAACUACUUUGUUUGUCUGUAUGGGAGGGAAGGCCAAAGAAAAGAUCCUCUUUUCUUUUUGUCUUUUUUGUUUUCUGGCCGCCUGUUUUGAUGUAUGUGCGAAGUUUGUUGUUUGACAAUAAACCUGACUUUUAUUUUGUGAGUUCUA